UAUAGACUCGUCCUCCCCGCUGAGAUUUCCCAGCGUCCCCUGUAGUAAACAUGGCGGCACAGUUUAACAUCGGUGACAUCGUUUGGGCCAAGCUGAGCAGUUUCCCGCCCUGGCCGAGUAAGAUUGUUCGGCCCAAGAAGGACAUUAAGAAACCUAAAGGGAAGAAGCCUGUGUACUUCGUCUUCUUCUAUGGCACGGAAGACCAUGCCUGGGUAAAGGCUGAGAACCUGAAGCCCUUUGAGGAGUACAAGGACCAGAUGAUCAAGGCUAACAAGGGGAAACGUUUCCACCAGGCAGUGGAGGCUGUGGAGGCCGUGCUCAGGAAAGGGGGCGGAGCCAAGACCAAGAAGCGAGGCCGGCCACCCAAGCACUCUGCGUCACCCAAGUCAGGGCCGUACAGGGACACAGAUGACAUUGACCAUGAGGAGGUUGUGCCCAGCUCCAAACCUGUGCAGAAAACCUACUCCAGAGAACCACUUCUCGGCAAAACUGUGAGUCCGUCCACAUCCAUUGGACUGAAGAGGCCACCAGAGAGUUUGGGUGCAGAAGCCUCCAUAAUCCUGAAGAGACCCAGGGAAGACAACGAGAGUGACCUGUACAACUUUGAUGAGUCAGAGCACGAGACAGAGUCGGACAUUGUGACCUCAAAGGACGACAUCACGCCCACGUGCUUGAAGAUUGGGUUCCUAGGUCUGGGCAUCAUGGGUUCUGGGAUGGUGAGAAACCUGAUCAAGACUGGCCACAGUGUGAUGGUGUGGAACAGGACUCCUAUGAAGUGCCGAGACUUAGUACAGGCUGGUGCAAGCGUGGGUGGUACUGUGAACGAGGUGGUAGCAGCGUGUGACAUCACCUUUGGCUGUGUGGCCGACCCUAAUGCUGUCAGAGAUCUUGUUUUUGGGACCAGUGGAGUUCUACAGAGCAUCAGGCCUGGGAAGGCAUAUGUUGAGAUGUCCACCAUUGAUGUAGAGACAGUACAAGAUGUAGCUGAGAGUAUUGAGUCGCGUGGAGGCCGGUUCCUGGAGGCUCCCGUCAUCGGCACCAGAAAACCCGCGGAGGACGGGAUGCUGGUCAUCGUUGCCGGGGGUGACAGAUCACUCUUCGAUGACUGCGAGUCCUGCUUCCUGGCCAUGGGCAAAAAGGCCUUCUAUUUAGGAGAGAUUGGGAGCGGGACCAGGAUGAAGCUCGUGGCCAACAUGGUGCUGGGUAGUGUCAUGGCGGGUUACGCAGAGGGCAUGUCGCUGGCGGAGAGGGCGGGGCUGGAUCUUCAGACAGUCCUGGACGUCUUUAAGGAGGGGCCUCUCAACUGUGCCGCCGUCAGAUCCAAGGGUGACGCCAUCCUCCACAGCAGGUUUGAGCCGUCCUUCCCCCUCAAACACCAGCAGAAGGACAUGCGGCUGGCGCUGGCGCUCGGCGACGAGCUCAAACAGUCUCUCCCUGUGGCUGCAGCUGCAAACGAGAUGUUCAAGAGGGCGAUCUCUCUGGGGAAUGGAGACAACGACAUGUCUUCAGUCUACAGAGCUACAGCCUUGUGAGCGACGCUUGGCAGACCUUCUGCGACCAAAUUCUAUCACUUGCCUCAACGGAGAGAUAAAAAACGAUUGGGCAGCAUAGAAGGAGACACUAGUCGUCUCACACAUCCAAAUCCUCUUCUUAACCUGGCAAAUUUUUGGGCAGCUUUUCUGUUACCUUCCUCGAGGACUAUUGAAGUCUGCAACAUCUCAGAUCAUUUUUUUAAAUAUGUUUUCUCUAAUAUGUUUAUUGCCCAUAUCUUUACAGCACAUAAACACAUUGCAAGGGUAACAAUAGCUCCCUGGGACAUUUUUUACAGGGGUAUUUCAUCCCCCUCCCCUGGAUUUUCUGUACUAUAGUUCAUUUCCUAGGACUUCUGUGCAUUGAUAUCUUCCCUGGGAACUUUUGAGACUGUAGACUUCUUGCCACAUUUGAGACUGUACGCUUCUUGCGACUGUAAGCUACCCUCUAAUGACUAGAAGUACAUGUAGCAGUGUUCAUGAGUCCCUGAGGAAGGUAGCACGCAGGUUCCCCAAACAUAGCCCAGGAAAGAAGAGACUUAGACCUAAUUUAAACUCGGGCAAAAACCUGACAGAAUGAAACUUGCAUACACACACAAGCAUAUGAAAACUGCGUACAUCAAAUUUUUCCUGCUUGUAAAUCGGCC